AUGUUGCUUUACAUGCAGCUGCUACAGCAAAUCUACCGAUUCCUAUGUAACUACUCUGCAAAUGCAAAUCUAACUACUACUUUAACUGCAAUUGCCAAAACAACUGCAUCAGCAAAUGAAAAUAAAACUGCAAUUAAAAAGGCAACUGCAACUGAAGAUGCAAUUGCCACUGCACCUGCAGCUGCCACUGCACGUAAAACGAACACUGAAACUGCACAAGCAUAUACACUGCACACGCAACAAAAACUGCAAAUGCAACUAGAGUUUGCAUAUGAAACUGCAACUGCAUACUCUACCGCAAAUACACUAGCAACUUCAUAUGCAACUGCAAAUGUGACUGCAACUGUAUAUUCAACUGCAAAUAAAAAUGCAACUGCAGCUGCCGAUGAAACUGCAACUGCAGAUGCAACUGGACAUGCAAUUGAAAUUACAAAUGCAUAUGUAACUACUCUGCACAUGCAAAUUUACCUGCUUCGUCCACUUCAAAUGCAAAUACAAUUGCAUCUGCAGAUAAAAAUACAACUGCAACUGAAAAAGCAACUACAACGUAAGAUGCAAUUGCUACUGCACAUGUACAUGAAACUCUUUACUGAACAUGCAACGGCGACUACCACUGUAUCUAAAAAAGGCUAUGAAGCUGCAUAUUUAACUGCAAAUGCACAAGCAACUUCAAGUCCACAUGAGACUGCAAAUGCAACUGAAUCUGCAAAUUUAACUAAAAUCGUAACUAAAAAGGCAAAUGAAGCUGCAAAAGCAACUGUAACUGCACAUGCUACUGCUACUCUUACUUUAACUACAACUACAAUUGCACCUGCUACUGCACAUGUUACUCUCACUGAAACUUUAACUGCAGAUGCAACUGCAACUGCAACUGUUGUUGCAAAUGCUACUGUAAUUACAACAGCUCAUGCAUUGGCAACUUUAAAUAUACAAAUACCUGCAAUUGUAAAUGCACUUGCCACUGCAGACGAAACAGAAAGUGCGCAUGCUACUGCAUCUGCAACUGCAACUGCACAUGCUAACGCAACUGCUACUGCUACAGCGCAUGCACAUGCAAAUGCAAGUUUAUCCGCAACUUCUUUUGCAAAUUAA